ACCCUAAGUGCUCGUUCCGGAAUCCACCACCAGAAAGGUACCGAUAUAAGAAAAGUUCGCGCGGUGCACUCGGCACAGGCAGCUGCCUGGUUCAUUCCCGCCGCCGACUCCAACCAGUCCAUCUCUUCGACUUGCGCCGGAAUUGGUCAAACUCUGCGAUUGUCUCAACAAGGAUCGUUUUUGCAGCGAGAACAACUCGAGAUCGCCCAGCACUUCGUGUUCAGCCCUCCAGAGGUUCAUCGCGACCAUCAACCCACUCGCUGCCGGCUCCACCCAUCGAUCUAGCCAGCCAGGCUACUCGACUGCAGACACAUCGCCAGGAUGUCUGGCUGGGGCUUCAACCUUUUUGGAGGCGGUAGUAGCGGUGGUACCGCCGCGGCGAAGAAGAAUGCACCAAAGGAGGCGAUCCUCAAACUACGGAGCACAUUGGAAAUGCUGUCGAAGCGGGAGAAACAUUUACAAAAUUUGAUGGAUGAACAGGAUGCGCUGGCACGAAAGUACAUCAGCACGAAUAAGACAGCGGCGAAAGCGGCGCUCACGCGGAAGAAGGCCCACGAAAACGCCCUCUCACAAACGCACGCACAGAUGAUGACGGUCGAACGGGAGAUCUUCUCCAUCGAAGCGGCCAACAUCAACAAAGAGACAUUCGAGGCUAUGAAUGGCGCCAAGGUCGCCAUGAAGAACAUCCACGGCGGUCUCACUAUCGACAAGGUCGAUCAGACUAUGGAGGACCUCCGCGAGCAACACGAUAUCGGCCAGCAGAUCUCCGAAGCCAUCACCUCGGGCAACACGAUGCAAGGCAUCGACGAGGACGAGCUGGAUGAGGAACUGGCAAUGUUACAGCAGGAGGAGCUGGACGCCAAGAUGUUGAAAUCGGGGAGCGUACCUGUAUCAGACCGGAUACAUUCGCUGCCGAACGCGGCCAACGGAACACUCGUCUCAAGCAAACCACAGAAACAACAGGAGGAAGACGACGAGGAGGAGGAAUUACGGAAACUCCAGGCGGAAAUGGCCAUGUAAAUCGCAAGCGAACACACACACACACACACACACACACAUUCCCACUCUCGAUUUGCAUGUCAUGGUUCUUUUUAUAUGAUAAUACCUCACGCAGCUCCCACAAUUUGACGUUUAUGAUCGUUGAUUUUCCU